AUGGAGCAUCAAGAGCCGACGCAGAGUGUAGAAAAUUAUCUUAAUGUAAAUUCAUCAUCACUUCCAUCAUCUAGUUCACCAUUAGUUAAUAUAAAUGGUACAAAUUGUUGUUCAUCACGUAUACUUAUUGUACCGGAAUAUUUUAUAUUUAAAUGUAAAAAAAUUGAAAUUACGGCAAGUGAUAUUUAUCAAUUAUUAUCAAUUGGACGACCUGAAUUACGUUUACGAGAUUUAAUGUUUGCUUUUAAAUCAUGGAAAGAAUCGAUAACUAAUGCUGAACUUGUUCAUCAAGAAGAAGAAACAAGAUUAAGAUUAAGUACUGAAAAUCCUCAUUCAUAUUAUAUGAAUGAAACAGUUUUACAAGCAGGUAAAUAAUAACAUUUGUCCUUCAUCAUUCAUAUAGUAAAAUCAUUAUUGAGAUAAUCACAAGAAUAGCUUAUGCAGGUGCUAAUUAUAAAUGUAGUAUAAUUAAAUAAGGAUAAAGUCAUUUUAUUCUGGAGUUGCAGAAUGUGUUUAAAAUGAUCUAAUCAUUUUAGAUGACAUAAAAAUUGAGUUUUUGUUUUAUUGAUUUGAUUAGUUUACGUCAUUGCAUAGUUAUAUUCUUAUUUUUAGGCGUAUAAAGCUCGGAGUCUAAUUUAUGUGGAUUAUUUUUUUAAUAAAUGAUCCAUUUGGAGAACUGAUAUAUAAUUAGACACCGACAAAUGCGUUCAUUUUACGGAUUAAAAGUAGAUCUUUCAUUUCUGGAAUCGUGAAUCUUCAUUUUCUUUUUAAUAAUAUGAAAUUAUUAGUUCUGAUUUCAAUUUAAUAUUUAUCUGUUCCUUCUGUUAAAGCCCCAACCAGAAGAAAAGCUAUAAUAGAAGCCGUAGGUUUCUAUCUUUUAUUAAUAAAAAUUUUUUUAAAAAUGACCGUGGAAAUAUUUCUUUUGGACUGUCUAUUAAUUCUAAUCAAGUUUUCAAACUCGAGGAGUUUGAACAUCUUUUUUUAUCAUUUUCGACUGAAAUAAUAAACCGGAUGUACUAAGAAAUACGGUAUUUUGUAACUUACUACUGUGUUUGACUUUUAGGAACACUC